GAAAAUUGUGACAAAAUGUCACGGUUUACCUCUUGCACUCGUUGUCAUUGGAGGGCUGUUAUCAAGGAAAGCAAUGCUCCCAAAUGAGUGGGAGAGAGUACUGAAGAACCUUAGCAGGCAAUUUGUUGAAGGUGAAUCACAAAUUGGAAAAAUAUUAGCCUUAAGUUAUGAAGAUCUACCGUAUCAUUUGAAGUCAUGCUUUCUCUAUAUAGGAGUUUAUCCAGAAGAUUACGAGUUCUUUGCAAAAGAGUUGAAUCGGUUGUGGGGUGCAGAAGGAUUUGUACAAACACUAGAGGAAGCCACAGAAGAUUGCCUAGUGGAGCUAAUCCAAAGAAGCUUAAUUCAAAUAGUGAAAAGAAGUUCCAUUGGGGGAGUAAAAAGCUGUCAAAUCCAUGAUCUUCUUCGAGAUCUCUCAAUCUCAAAAGCCAAGGAAGAAAAAUUUCUUGAUGGGGACACAAACUCUCUCUCUCCAUGUAAAGCACGUCGGCUUAAUAUGCAUCAUGGCAUCAGUAAGUACACUUCCUUAAACCAAUCCACUCCAUGCCUUCGCUCCAUCUUGUGCUUCACCCUAGACACAGAAAAAGUUGAAAACAAUCAGCUGAAGCUUCUUUGCGGACGCUUUCAUUUUCGUAGGGUUUUACAUCUACAUAAAAUAGAGGUAGAAGAAUUUCCAAAUGAAAUAGGUACACUUAUCCACUUGAGAUACCUUGCCAUUCAGGGCGAGUACAAUCUUGAAAGACUCCCAUCGUCAAUAGCCAAUCUUCGUAAUUUACAAACACUCGAGGUAGAUAAAUGUGAUGGAAUCGACGUACCUAGUGUUAUUUGGAAGAUGCAACAAUUAAGGCAUGUACGUGUACAAGGAAGAAUUAUAAGUGAAGGGCCUAAAGCAGGGGAGCUUAGUUUUCCAAGCAACCUACAAACUCUAAAAUAUAUAGAGGCAGGUGACUGGAUAGAGGAUUGCUUGGGAAAGCUGAUUAAUCUUAAGAAAUUAGGAAUAUCAACAUUAGAAUUAAGUGGCCAUGUAAAGGAAUUGUUGGACUCUAUUCCCAAAUUGGACCACCUCCAGUCUCUGACGCUACGUGGUUCCAAUUCCCGACGAAUCCCAUUUCCGCCAAUUUUAAAUCUGCAGUAUUUGUAUAAGCUGAAUUUGGUUCGAGGUUUAGAGAAGCUACCCGAGUCUUGUGAAUUCUCACCAAAUCUCACCAAGUUUACCUUGUCUGAAUCUAAGCUAAUGCAAGACCCAAUGACGACACUAGAGAAAUUACCAAAUUUUCGGAUUCUCAAAUUGCUUGCUUUUUCAUACUUGGGAAGGGAAAUGGUCUGCUCUGCGCAAGGGUUUCCUCAACUUGAUUCCUUGUUUAUGUGUAUCUUACCUAAUUUAGAGGAGUGGAGAGUUGAGGAAGGGGCAAUGCAGCGUCUUGUACAUUUACAUAUGUCUCAAUGGUUUCAAUUGAAGAUGUUUCCAGAAGGAUUGCAGCAUGUGACAGCCCUCAGGAAAUUGGAGCUAUAUCAUAUGUCACGGAGUUUCACAAAUAGGCUUCAACAAGACAUGGGAGAGGAUUGGCAUAAGAUUCAACACAUACCCUCCGUCAACAUAUUCCCCCCUUGAAAGAGAAAGACAGAGGUCCCAGCUAAUGCAAGCUGGAGCACCUUCGACAGAAAUAUGUUGCAGCUGGUUCUGAAGAUAAAUGUUGAGGUGUGGAAAUGUUGUCAUUGUUGCAGUUGGCAGUCAACGACAGGCUUUCGUUCUUGGUUGCAGACAGACUCAGAAUAUCUCCAAAGUAAAGCAGAUGCAUUGAGGUUGGGAAGUCUCAAGCUUGUGCAACCCAGCUCACUUACAAUCCGACACAGGCCUGGAUGGAAGACUUGCAACAUACAAGCUGCCCAUCAGGUGGGUCCCCACUUCUUGAUGCCACAGCCCAAAAAUUAGGCGAGUCCACUCCAUGGAAGGAUCGCCAAAAGCAAGGGCCUCACACCCUAGGAAUUCUAUGCAGGAAGAUCCAUUUUGGAGUUCCUCUAUUCUAAGCCCACCAUGACUUCACAAGCUGUUGUGUCUCAGACUAAAGAUGCUCAUUCAAAGUGGGAGCAACUAUUUUGAGUGUAGGCCCAGGGGUCCACAAUACUUAAAUGGAUACAUGAUCAAAGCUGUUCAUCAGGUGCAAGCCACUACGUGGCUUUCCUUGUGCAGAAUUCAGGACAUUGACAGGCAGGUUAGAAGCUUCAUUCUGUAAGGUUUUUUCACACAUCUUCCAUCUAUGGCAGAGCUUAUGAAAUUAAAGUUUGUAUCUCACAACUGUUGGCCCCACUUGAAAUAUUGCGAUGACCACUAGACGGAUGUGGAGAAUGCUGCAAUGGUGAUUCGACGGCGAUGAAAUGUUUGGAUGAUAUUUUCUAGCUUUACGAUAUCUGUAUCUUUUGCAACCAAUUGUUCGAUAUUGUACAAUGUGCUAAUAUUCAUUAUGAUUUGUGCUCUACCUCAAAUUACACAAACAAUUUAUGUAAUGUCUUAUUUAUUUCCUGUAUGCAUGUAUGCAUGUAAUGUACUGGUUCAAACUUGAAAUUAGAAGCAAUUUCUUUUCCUUUUUUA